CUGAAUGUUGCUACCAGUGCUAGUGGCUGCUCUGUCUCAUUCCGACAUCUGUCGAUAUACUUCACUUAUUCGCAAAGACCCUGGAACUACAGAACUGGAUGCUAUGGUCUCACGCCUGUCAGAAUAGCCUGUCGCGCCUGGCAUGAUGCAUGCUGCAGCAUACAUCCAUAUCUCUGUUGCAAGCCUUGCUACUAUGCCCCUUGCCGCUAUACCCCCCAACAUUCAAUAUUGCAUUCCCCAUUCAUGCAUCAUGCAUCCACCGCGGUCGAAAGCGUCGCUUACAUUCGUUGCAUGCGUCUCCGACCGCUGCGUCACUCCUCAAAUCGCCUUGCGUUAAGACAAUACUCCACGGAAGGGCCAACUACCGCGAAGCCUCAAACGCGUCUUUCUAGGGCUCGCGUCGUGCUAGGGGCUAGUGGGGUGGCAGCAACCGCCAUCUAUACUCACCUGACAAUGAAUCGCCCUGCCGAGGGCGGUGGAUUUUCGGAUACAAGGCGCUCGUUCAUCAACACGACCUUUGUAUACACCGGGAUCGGGAUGGUAGUAUCGUCGGCGUUUGGCGCGAUGUUCAUGUACGACGCAGGAUAUCAGUUUAUCGGGACUGGGCCUUGGGGCAUUGUGGCGAUCGGUGUGCUGGGAGGACUCGCGUCGAUGGUCGGGAUGACCUACACUCCCCCAGAAUGGACGGUCACCAAACACUGUUUCUGGCUGACAUCAAAUUUCUUCCCAGCUCUGAUGCUCUCGCCGCUGUUUUUCACCCAUCCUGUUUUUUACCCGCGGGUAGCGCUUUACACGGCAGCUUCUGUCUGUGCUUUCUCCUCGGCGGGGGCCAUCGCUACCAACAAGCAGUAUCUGGUUUGGGGCGGCACUUUGUUGGCGGGUGCUUCAGUGCUGGCUCUAUCGAUGUUCGUUCCACGGAUACUUCCGGAAGUCUCACGUCGCACUCUUGGAUCCAAAGAAGCGGUCUAUCUGUACGGGGGAACUGCGUUGCUCAAUGCUGUCUUCAUUGGCCAUCACGCAGAGAAGAUCGUGAAAGACUCUAGGAAAAUCGAACGAGGGCGGAUGAUUGCUGACCCACUUCUCACCUCAGUAGAUAACCAGCAGUAUCUGACUUGGCUCGGUUACAAUUUCGGUCUCGGAAAGCUCCUUGCCACACCAAGCAGAGCGGCUUUCGUCCACCAUUCGUCAUAUAAGCCGGCGAUUGGCGGCUGUAGUUCACACAACUUUCAUCUUCACCUUCACAUGUUCCGCCAGGGUCUGUCGUCGCUGCGACCAAUUGGGGUCAACGCAGCCCGCGUGAAACCCUCAGCCCCCAUCCGCCAUUUUUCCCAACUCCGACCUAAUAUCCUGCAAACUCUGAGAAAACAACGCGAAUCUUUGACCAAGCUCAAAUUUCCUCGAUACUCCACCGAAGUGCCCAUAAUCGAGACAGCGAAGCCCGUCUCAUGGCAGCGUGUUGCCCUCAUUGCUGGCGGUGUCGCUGGGAGCGUGGUGGUCCUCGACAGCCUCAUGAACCGUGAGACGCGUGACGGGCUCUCCGCCAGCGAACGGUCCUUGCUCAAUUCGACAUUCGCAUACACCGGUGUCGGGCUUGCGAUCACCGCGGCAGCGGCGCGUGCGAUGUUCACCUCGGGCGUCGCGUUCCGAAUCAUGGCCGCGAACCCGUGGGUCGUCUUCGGCGCCAGUCUGGCGGGCGGGAUUGGGUCCAUGAUGGGCGUGUUCUACACGCCUCCAGAGAACACCAUCCCCAAGCAUCUUUUCUGGCUGACCUUCAAUGCGUUCCAAGCCGCCACGCUCUCUCCCCUUUUCUUCCUUAACCCUGCCGUUCUUGCCCGGGCCGGCCUAUACACGGUCGGUCUCGUCGGUGCGCUCUCAUAUGUCGGUGCGACGGCGACGAACGACAAAUACUUGAUGCUUGGCGGUCCCCUCCUCGCCGGUGUCUCCGUAGUUGCCCUGAGCGCCUUCGCUCCCCUCGUGCUGCCCGUCACCGCUGUCCGGACCCUUGCUGUGACAGAGGGUCUCUACCUGUACGGUGGAUUGGCCGUCUUUGGUGGAUUUGUGUUGUAUGACACCCAGAAAAUCUUGGCGCAUGCGCGGAUGGCCGAGCAGGGAAGGAUGAAGGCGGAUCCCAUCAACGAGGCUGUUGGUCUCCAGCUCGAUAUGAUCAACAUAUUCAUUCGUCUCGUUCAAAUCCUGUCUAUGAACAACAACCGUCGGUAGGCGGUGCUUUGAGGGGCGGUCGCGCACAAGGAUGAAGCCCUGUGUAUUUUAUCAGACGAAUACGUGUAUUUUUUGCGAAUCCUUGCUCAUUUAUUCGGUCUGUGUUGUGAUGGAGAAAC